AGGAGGCCCUGACUCAGGAGCCCGGAAAAGGGGUGCAGUGGGCCCGUCCCCAAGUGCCCUGUGAACGUCCGUGCCACACACGGACGGCGGCCGCGCCCGCGCGGGAGGCUCGUCAGAGGAGGGGCUGGUUACAGACGCGGACGCCAGGGAGCCCAGCCCCCCGCGGGAGCCCGACCCGGUCUCUGGGGCCAGGACCGCUUCCCCAGCCGCGCGCGCUCACCCAGCUCCCCGCCAGCCACGGAGAAGUCCGUCUCCAGGAUGGCCCACUUCGCGAUCCUGGCACUGUCCGAGGCGGCCUCUGCGUUGGCAGCGACGAUCCCCUGCCCGAUGAACUCCAUGACCACUGGGUCUCCAUCGUCAAUGAUGUCUGACAGCCUGGUGGACGGGCUUCUGAGCUGCCGGCAGAAGGCGAUGGCCUCGCUGGUCAGCAUGUCCCGAGGCUGUCCUGUGUCCGUGUUGACCUGACACUAUCAUUUAGGGAUGAGGGGUCAGGCAGCCCUUGAACUGCCGCCACACCCGCUAGUGGCCCCCAAGCCCAGCUCCCAAUACUGGGGAUUUGUCCUUGAGGCUCACACAUCACUGUCACCUCGACCCUGGGAGGUUAGGGUCCCCAUCCCCACUGUCCAGAGGAAAAAACAAGGGCUCGGCUAGGAAGGACUUGCUCAGUGCUGCCUGGCCUCCUAGGGGUCAGAAGGGCCAGACUCGGGGCCAUCUGCUGUCUCUCUGGGGUCACCAGGAGCCCCCCACAAUAGGGAAUGACUAGAAUCCUGGGCUUGGUGCCCUGGGAGCUGGCACUGAGUGACUAUUGCUCCUCUCCCAGACUCAGUUUCCCCAUCUUGAAACAAGGAUGGCAGCCCCCAUCCAGCCGGCAUCCCAGAUUGCCACGUGGCUCAAGGACAGCCCCACGGUACCUUCAGCGUGAGCAGGGCACACAGAUACGGGGCGUCCUGGCCCACCAGCACGGCGUAGUGGACGAUGGGGACAUACUUCUUCACCCGCUCCUCGAUGGGGUUCGGGUUGAUCCUCUCGCCUGAACUGAGGGUGAUGACAUCUGCAUGUGGAACAGGGAGCUGUGUCGCGUCUCUGAGAAGCUGUCCCAUCGGCUCUCGUGGCAGCCUCGGGCGGGCCCUCGGAUACCGUCCCAAGGCAGAACGAGGGGGUGCCUGGAGCCCUCAGCUGCCCCUCGCUGCCCAGAGACACCCGAUGCAGCCCAGGCAAAGGGCACCCCUUCCUCUGAGCUGGACCUCAGCCCUCCGUCCCCGCGCGGUGCCCAAGCUGCACGAUGCCCACGGCAGCCGUGGGGGCCAGAGGCAGAGAGCAGCUCAAGGCCCGGCCCCGCUCACCCCUGACGCUGCCCACGACGUAGAGGAACUCUUCAGUGUCCAGGAAGCCCAGGUCCCCCGUGUGCAUCCAGCCGUGGUAGUCCAUCUUCUCCCGGGUGGUGGUCUCGUCGUUGAGGUACCCCAUGAAGAUGUUCCGGCCCCAGAUGUGGAUGUCCCCACUGUCCUGUUUCUGCACCCUGGUCUCCUAGGAUCCCCUGCACCCAAAGUAGGGGGCAGAUGGAGAAGGAAGCAGGGUGCGGACCCCCUGGGAGAGGGAGCCUGGCAACCUCAACUCAGAGCCAGGCUCGGGCACAUGGACGCAGCACACUCAGCCCCCCUGGCCACCAGGAGGUCACAGACAAGCACAGGGACAAGGCGAGCCACAGAUAAACUCAAGACACCUUUUGGGCGGAACCGAUUGCUGCCGAAGGCAUCUGGACAAGAGAGAACGAACACGCCGCAGGCAAGAGCGGGGGCCCUGCUUCUCGCCUGGAAACGGGGGGCUGGGCCUCGGCCCUCGGAGCUUCGGGUUCCAAGAAGGGCUCCCCAAGUCUGGAGACUCAGGGCGGGACUUUGGAGCUGGUCCCGCCAUCACCCGGGACACACCCCACAUGGGCUGGAUUGAGUCACCCCAGAUUUCCAGGUUGAAGUCCUAACCCUUAAUGAGAUGGUGUUUGGAAGUGGGUCGGUUCCGAUGAAGUUCCUCAGGAUGGUAUUGGUGCCCUUGAAGAGACACCAGAGAGCUCGCUCUAUUUCUUUGCGUGUGAGGGCACAGGGGGGAGCCGGCCACCUCUGAGCCAGGAAGGAGGCCUUCGCCCAGAACUGAGCGGCGGCGCCUGGGUCUCGGACGUCCAGCCCCUGGGACUGGGAGGUGAAUUUCCGUGGUUCAGGCCCGUUCUGUGACGGCAGCCUGAGCUGAGCACCGCCCUCGGAGGGCAGGGACCAGGCCUGCCUAGAAGCGCACCCUCCAGCACAGCACAAACUCCACGUUCAAACUCAGAUGCUCCCUGAACGAAUGAGUGAACAGCCCAACAAAUGGAUGGAGAACUGCUCGAGAGGCUUCCUUAUGCUCCUGUUCUGCCGGCUGAGUUCCCUUUGGCUAACCCCACGUAUCCUCCAUCGGUCUGUUCCAGGAGCACCGAUCACACAGCAGGGAGUUUUGACCUUGGCUCCCUGCCGUGACCCCAGACAGCGAUCACUCAACACCGACCAAAACGAGAACAGGCUCCCCAGCAGGCAUUGUUGGUCUGCGGAGUGGAAACUGAAUGCCAGCGCCCAGUGUGGCUGUAACUGUGGCCAGGUCACCUCUCCUUCCUUCAGCCCCCUUGCCUGCCCCUUUUCCGCCCCGUCUGUCCACAUUUGGGGGUCA